AUGGACGCGCCCAAGCACGAGCUUAUCACUGUCCCGGGAGUCGGGGAGGCAGGCAGGGACGAGCUGCGCCAGCAGUGCUACGACGUGCGGAUAGCCGUAUUCAUCGACGAGCAGGGCUUCCCGCUCGACGUCGAGAUCGACGAAGCGGACGAGACGGCCACGCAUUUCCUGCUGCGGCUCGUGCCAGCCCUGACGCCCGUGGGCACCAUACGCGCGUACCGAUCCAAAGAUGGAUCCUACUAUAAGCUGAGCCGCCUGGCCGUACUGAAGGACUACCGAAAGUACGGCUGGGGACGCGAGCUCGUGCUCGCGCUGCACAACUGGGUUGUCCAAGACGCCACAUCACAGGGCCUGAGUGGUCCUGUCCCCGUGGUCUGCCAUUCGCAGAUACCGGUCAAGAGGUUUUAUGCCAAGCUUGGAUACGUCGAGGAGGGAGCAGAGUUCGACGAAGACGGUGCACCGCACCAAAAGAUGGUUGCCCGAUUGUCUAUUUGAAGGCUACUCUACGCAAGGUACGCACGUAUAUGUACCGCUACGAGAAGACACAUAUACGUCAGAGAAAGUUGGGAUGCUAUGAAUACAGCAUAGGGGGAGGGUAUGCACUUUAUAUACUGCUACAGAGGGAUGCACGAUGACCGGGGCUAAGAGAAAGAGCAUAAUAUAGCACCAAGCAAGUUAAAUUCCACGACAUACACCGCGAAGGGGAAGAUAAAACAAUAAACAUGGUUAAAGGUUCGUCGACUGCGCACGGAGCGCAGGAAAGUUUCUGCAGGACGAUGGGAAAGACGAACAAAAGGCUAUUGUAACAGAAAGGGCAUGAGAGGUCGUUAAAGGGCAUAACAGCGCUGACGUCAGUUUAUAUUCAAGCUCGCAUGUAGUGAUCACCGUCGUCCUCGGUCAGCGGCUCGCUCUCGCUCUCGGAGCUUGUAAGAGGUUCGGACUUGACGACGGUAACCGCUUUGUUGGAUCGAGGGAUGAUCGCUGUCUGAAUGGGGCUGCCGGGGAGGACGCUAAAGUUAAUGCUGGUUUCGAAACCAACGGUGCCUUCCUCAUACAGCCUCCGCGCAGCUUCGUAUUCCAUCUUCUCCUGCUCGGCUUGUGCCAAGAACGGCUUGCGCUCAUCAUCGGUCAUCGAGCGCCACUUGUGCGCAGCUAAAACGCUUUGCUUAGUGGUCUCCGUCUCGUCACCAAACACC